UCGUUGCCUCCUCAGAAGCGGGGGCUGGUGGCAUCAGCUCCGCCGCCGCUGUGGGAAGCUCCCGCUGCGGUUGCCCGAGCGCUCCCCGGCCGCGGUGCUCUGGAGGCGCCUAGAAAGGGAUGGCGGCUUGUGGCCGUGCCUAAACAUCCCCUGUGACACCGGUGCCUGGUGGUCUCGGCGCUGUCGCGGCAGGGGAGAGGCUGGAUGCGCACUUGGGGAGGCCCAAAGAAGCCCCCAGGCCGGGACUGGCAACGUUCGGGUUUCCGUCCUCUCGUUGAGCUCCUGGCUCGUGGGGUUUUGUUGCUUCAGUCUCUUACAUCCCUCCGUGGCUGAAGGAGGGGUUUCGUGGUUGCACCAGAAUGGCACAGAAGAAAUACUUAAUAGCAAAACUGACAAGUUGCCUAAGAGAAGAGAAAAUUCAGCUAUGGAAACCACCAUAUACAAAUGAAAAAAAAGAAGCUGGUAAAGAGAUGAAGGAGCUUGUACAAAGAUACUCAACCAAGCUGAAUAUCAAUGAGAACGAUACAGAAAAUAUGCUUGAAGAAAUACGGUGUAAAGCAAUUGAGCGUGGAACAGGAAAUGAAAAUUUUAAAGUGACUGGGAUUGCGAGACUUGAUAUAUAUCUGCCUCGUAGAAAAAGCAGAAAGAUCCAACUGGAAAUUAACCUGUUCGCUACAGGCAAGGAGCUCAGAUCACAGAUAGCACAGGAACAUGCCUUGAAAGAAAAUGCUAUCAAAAUAAUCAUAAAUAAGAAGCAGCUUGACCUGGGCAAAACCCUUGAAGGCCAGGGUGUAACACACAACGCAAAAGUGAUGGUGCUUCAGCUGGAACAGAGUGAUGAGGAAACUAAAAGAAAGGUUCAGGAAGAAGAACUUCAAUGCAGGAAAGAAAAAGAAAUAAAGGACAAGAUGCAAAGAACUAAGAAGGGUUUGGAAAUUCUAGCAGAGAGAGAGGAGUACUUGGAUCCAGAUUCUGUUCCAUACCUAGAUAUAGCUAAUCAGACUGGAAGGUCAAUUGAGAUUCCUCCUCAAGCUAAAAAAGCGCUUGUGCUGGCAAUGGGUUAUCAUGAGAAGGGCAGAGCAUUAAUGAAGAAGAAAGAAUAUGAAAUAGCCCUGCCAUAUUUGUUGGAUGCUGAUAAACACUUCUGUGAGUGUAGCGCAGAACUGCUGAACACCGUUGAUAAUUACGCAGUGCUGCAGCUGGAUAUAGUGUGGUGCUACUUUCGCCUGGAGCAGCUGGACUGCCUGGAUGAUGCAGAGAAAAAGCUGUCCACAGCGCAUAGAUGCUUCCAGAGGUGCUAUGGGGAGAACCACGAAAGACUUAUUGAUAUCAAAGGAAGCUACGGUCGUGAGAAGGUUUUAUUUCUACGGCUUUACCUCCUUCAAGGGAUAGGACACUAUCACAGUGGCAGGGAAAAGGAGGCGGCUGAGUACAUUCAGAAGGCAUCUCGUUUAUAUGAAGAGCUGUCCAUAGAUCCUGAUAAAGUUUAUCGCCUGUCGCUCCUGGGAUUCUCCGAACAGGAAGCCCGCCUUGCCCUGCGAGCGUGCCAUGGGAAUGUGGAGCAUGCUGCCAACCUUAUCACCAACAGGAGAGAGGAAAAGGCACAGAUAAGGAGGGAGGAGAGAGCUAAGAGAAGGCAGCGACUAGAAGACAUAAACACCUUGAAAAGUAUGGGCUAUUCAGAGAGAGCUGCUCAAGUAGCUCUUCAUAAUACACAAGGAAACCUGGACCAAGCCUUUAAGUUUAUUCUCGACAAUCCAGAGUUACUGUUGGAAGAUGAUGAUGAUGAUCCUGCGGCCGUGGACCAGUUCCAGGUUUCCCAGGAAAGUAUUGAUCAUCUGAUGUACAUGGGUUUCAGCCGUGAGUCGGCAGAGCAAGCUUUAAAGGUCUUCAAAGGCAACAUCCACGUAGCUUCCCAAACCCUUGCUCAUUAUGGGGGAGUUCUUCCUGCUUCACUGCAGCUGUCUCCAGAAGGGUCCAGUCCAUCAGAAGAAUCGGCUUCAUCAAAAGACUCACCUACAGACUCUGCAGGUUCUUCGGGUUCACCGACAGAUGAAGACAUGGAGACUGAUGCAGUCAAUGAAAUCCUAGAGGAUAUUCCUGAACAUGAAGAGGAUUAUCUGGAUUUAACGCUGGAGGAAGAGGAACAGAUCAUUCAUGAAUACUUAUCCUAUAUACAAGUACCACAGCAUUAAAUCCCAUUGCAUCUACUUCAGUUCUGUGUAUUUACCUUGACAAAUUGAGUUUGGAUUAUAAAUGCACCUUCAGCUUAUCUCUUACUAAAUGCCUCGGAUUCAGUUAAACUAUAGGUGGAACACUUAAUUCCUGCUUAUUUAUAAAUCUGCUUAGAGCCUACAUUUGUGAUACAUUGUAAUUUAUCGUCAUAGCAGAAGAAUAGAAACAUUUAUUUUCAGAAGAAAAUUUAAUAGAACUAAACUAUAUUUUUAUUGUGAAAUAAGUUAAUUCACUUAGUAUUCAAGUAAAGAAGCAUUUCUAUACCAUUUUAAAAUACCAGCUUUAAAAAAAAAAGUUUGUAAAUCAGAAAUGAAGUUCCUGAGGUUAUGGAGGUAUCCACUUACAAACUGUUCUCCUUUUCUUCUGAAAGAUUUCUAAGGGUCACUUAUGUAUCUGUAGUGCAUGGAUCCCUACUGUGUUCUGCUUGUCACUUCAUGCGGGUGUCACACAGGCAAUAAAGGUAACUACGUGCUGCUUCGG